CACACUGGAGUGUUGCCUCGUGAAGCAGCUCUUAUUCAACUAGGUAGUGACUGAAAUUAAGAUUACAUUUUUAUUGUUUCGCCUUCUAAUUUGGCAAUAUUAGCUCUCUCUCGUCGCAAUGGACGCGCUCCUCUCCAGACUCUUCUCCUCUGAAGACGAGGAGCUGUACAUUUUGGACUGCAUGGGCUACUUUAUGGUUUUCAUGGCAGCCUGCACUUUCGUUAGUUUGCUUUUCGAAAACGUCCCGUACGGUCGAUAUGCUUCGAGCAGGUAUGGAUUUCCAGUCAAUGUGAGGUUUGCCUGGUUCGUUCAGGAGCUGCCAGCCUUCUUGUUGCCUUUCUGUCUGGUAUUUUGGACGUCCUCUGCAAAAACAUCCCUGUUGCCAAACCAGCUGCUCAUUGCCAUGUACUUCUGCCACUACGUCCAGAGAGCCCUCAUCUAUCCAUUUUUAAUCCGAGGAGGGAAGCCGACACCAUUUGUGUCGUUCGCCCUGGCCUUUGUUUUCUGCAUGUAUAAUGGCUACAUGCAGGUCAGGUACCUGAGCCAUUACGCUGAGUAUCCAUCAUCUUGGGUUACACAUCCGUGCUUCAUCAUUGGGUCUGUUCUGUGGUUGGUCGGCUGGCUAGUGAAUGUGCACUCUGACCACAUCCUGAGGAACCUGAGAAAGCCCGGAGAGACUGGGUACAAGAUUCCCACAGGCGGAAUGUUUGAAUACGUAUCUGGGGCCAACUUCUUAGGAGAGAUAACAGAGUGGGCCGGCUUCGCUCUGGCUGGCCACUCUGUUCACAGUUCAGCUUUUGCCAUCUUUACUACAGUGGUCCUCGCCAGCAGGGCUGUGGCCCACCACAAAUGGUACAUUGCAAAGUUUGAAGACUACCCUAAAAACAGGAAGGCGUUGAUUCCCUUUCUGCUCUAGAAAACGUGGAGCUUAAGCGGAAGCUUGAAAAGGUACUGUAUUUGCUUGCAGCAGUUGAGAGGAACAUUCCCUUAAUUUUUUAUUUUUUUUAAUUCAGGAAAACUCUGAUGUCUGAACAAGCCUUGAAGAAACCUAAUUGUUCUCAUUGAAAGCAGACACACACAGUUUGGAUGCUUGUAAAUGAUCUCAUCUGAGCUGUGAGCAAGCAACAGUUAAAAGCCAUCAUCUUAAAAAGAUUUUUAUUGUUGCCAUUACUUUGGUAAUAAUAUCCAUAAAGCACCAUGGAACCUCAGCAAGCAUGCACUGAAUGUACUGCAAGUGUUGUGCUUGCAGCAGCAGCAGCAGCAGCAGCAGCAUUUAGUGCUCCUCCAGAGGAAAUAAGAUAGUGAACGAGGUGUACCUCAGCAGUACUACGUUGGAUUUAUAACACUAUGCACCAGCAAUAAACAGCUUUAAGACUCUCCUCUGAUCUGCAUAUUCUCCCAGAUGGAGCAUAAACUUGGGAAUGCAAAGCAGACAUUUAAAGUUUUCAUUAAUCCUCGAGUCUCAUCUGUUGAAAAUCCAUCUUUUUUAAAAACAUUUAUUCAAAUUAAAUAGACGAGUGAGGAGGCGUGAAUUAAGUCCAACCCGUCUGCCUGCUGCGUUUUGCUCUGGGUGUCAUCAGAGAGACUUUUCUACUGACCUCAUCAUCUGAAGCUCCUGGAAGAGAAGCCGCUUUGGAAUAAAAAGGUAACUGCGUCUGUUGGCCUGCAAAGACUGAGACCAUAUCAGGCCUGUCUCCAGCAAGUGGGCUGCAAGAGAAAUCAAACGGAGAUCAAGCGUGGCUCAAUAACUCAACCAUGCCUGAAAUGAGAAGACGAGAGAGUUGCCUCAACACAUCACUCCUGUUGGGGUUUCUGAGAAGGAAAGGAAAGAAGAAGAAGAAGAGGUGGAGAAGAAAUGGAAGACACAGACAGCAUGUGAAUGCAGGAGCUUAUCUGAUACUGAAUGUUUGUGUGAUUGAAACUGGGAGAAUAGAUAGGAAACGGAAACACUGGUACUGAUCUCAACGUCUCUUUUGCUCUGUUAUUUUUCACUGUUACCAAGAGCCAGAUAAGCUCAGUCAGCGUGAGCCAGGACUUUUCUUAAUCGUGUCUUUCUUUGUAGAUAAUAAGAAUGUGAUUCAGUGUUUCUCCAAAUAGUUUUAAGCUGAAAGCAAGUGCAAAUAUUUCAUCACUUUGGUAAAAGAAAUCUUUUGCAAAUUAAGUUCAGAUACAAAUGAAAACGACACUGGUUUGCCUCUACUGUAUAUCCUGAAGCUUUCCACAGUGCACCUGCUCUAAACAGUGCCAGCUGCAGCUUCUUCCCAUAACUCUUCUCUUUUCUGUCACCAGUCACCACCAAGGUUAUGCCAUUAGGAAUUUUAAAAACAUGUAUUUAAAGGAAAUUUAUUUUGUCGUCAUUUUUACGCACAAUGUCGUCAAUAAAUGAUAGAACUGCCGCGUCUCAGUGUGAUGAAA